AUGUCAUUGUUUGAUAAACUGAAGAAAGGUCAACUCAAUGUAAAUGAGAUAGCAAUUGGAACGGCUCCACAAAAAGACCCCAACUUUCAAGCCGUACCUGGCCUACCUUUCAAACUUUUCCAAUUACGUGAAACGCACGGUAGAAAAGUACCAGAUGAUGCACCUCAAGAAUCUUCAAGGCCAAUUUGUUCAAAGUUUGGAAUUAAAGAUUUGGACAUCUUAAAAGCAGAGAUGUGCCCAGAUAUGCAUCUAGAUAGCUCCACAAUUGCAUUCACAGAGGAUUUUGAUAUUCUGGAAAAAAUUGUACCAUCUUUGGGCAACCGGGUGGUAAAUGCUUGUAAGACACUAGAUAAUUACACUUACAAUUUGAUCAAUGAAAGACCAAGCAAGGAAGAUAAGAAUGAUGAAGGGCCUGAGGAUCUAUUGGAUUUUUUCAUGAAGGCAGAGGACCAAAAGGGUACCCCUCUUAACCAAACUAACACCACAGCUCAGGCUCUUUCAUGGGCCUUCUUUCAUUUAAUCAUGAACCCUGGGAUGAUUGACCAUGUGCAAAAAGAUAUAAGCAAAAUGGAUCAAGGUGCCAAAUCUGGGAUGAUCACAUACAGUAACUAUAGGCAAUUUUUCUGGACCCAAGCUGUUUUAUGUGAGGCUUUGCGGCUACAUCCUAGUGUCCCCAAGGAUACCCUCCAUUGA